AAAUAUAACGAAGAUAAGGCGCAAAAAGAUAAAAGGGGGUCCGCGGUCCACGCGACCCGCACAAGUUAUUUUAAAGUCGAAGUGAAGACAAUUGGUGAUAUUUCAAAAUGGCGUCCGUGCGUUUCAUGGUUAUCGCAUCUGUGCUGGCGAGCGUCUUGGCUGAUCUACCUACACAAGAACAACUGUCAGCAAUGUUCAUUGUCGCCAGAGACGCGUGCAUUAAUGAAAGUAGCAAGUGCCAAAUCUUCUGUCGGUUCAAGAACUACGGGCUUUUGGACAAAGAUGGUCGCUACGUGGAGAGCGAAGCAGUUAAGGCGAUGUCAAUCAUGGUCCAUGACGGCAUACUAAAUCAAGAACAACUUAACAAAAUCGCAAAAACAUGCAACUCUGUGAACGAGAAUAUAAAGACAGGAUGCGAGCGCGGCCUGCAGGUGUACCAGUGCAUCGAUGACGAAAGAUUCAAGAUCACCGGCAAGCGUCAUUAAAAUUCUGACGAAUGAAGGGAACGAGAACGAAUGGAAAAUCUUAUAGCAAUAAAUAUAAAGUGCUAGUAAUCGAAAAUAAAAGCAAAAAAGACUGUACUCGUUCAAUUAUCUGGUAUAUAUUUUUACCAAUUGCAUAUUAUAAACAGUUCUAUUAUUUUUAAUAAUCUGUAGAAUCCGUCAAUUACAUUACAAUGUAAAUAUGUGUGAGUUUUCUUGAAUAUAUAUCGUCAAUAUGAAA